AUGGCUCGUUUCAGUCUCUCAGUCAUCUCCAUUUUCCUCGUCCUUGCGGUCCUCGCUCUCUCCAUGCCCACUAAGCGUGAUGAACAGGCUCCUAGUCCACCACCGUUUCUCGGCGGUGCUGUUGAUAAAUUGAUGGAUGCCACUAAGUUGACGGAUCGUCUUGACGACCUGAAAAGCAGCCAAAAGGAGAAACAGCAUGAUCGCGAGGCUGCUGCUGCUGAAGCAAAGCAGGAGGAGGCGAAGAUUGCUGCGAAGCUGGCUGAAAAGGCCGAGGCUGCUGGCAAGCCUACUUCUACUGCCACCCUUACCAAGAAGCUUUCCUCCGGCAAUUUUGUGACCCCGACUGCUACCCCUACCCACAAGCCCACAUCUCAGCCUAACGCUUUGGGCCGUAUUCCCAUCAUCGGUGGUAUUCUCGGUGGUACCGGAGGCGGUCUCUGA